AUGCCGGCGCGCCGGCGCGCCCUGCUGGCCUUGCUCAUCUGCGCGGUCGCGGCCGCGGAGGUGGUGGGGGAGCGGGGCCCGUCGUCAGGGGAUGUUGCGGGCGAUGCCGGGCCCGGGCGGGGGCUGGCGCAGGCGCCCGAGUCCGUGGCCCAGCGGGUGAGCACGUGCCGGGAGCUGCAGGAGGCGCUGAAGCGGGAGAGCGUGAUGCGGAUCCUCAUCGAGGACAACAUAGUGUGCACCAGGCAGAACUGGCCGGAGCCCAUCAUCGUGCGGCGCAACCUCGACGUGACGCAGGGCCUGGCGGCGGCCGACGGCGGCGGCGGGCCCGAUGGCACGGAGCCUCCGCGGGCGUCCGUGAACUGGACCAACGUGCAGCACGUGCUGAUCGUGGAGCGCGCCGCGGUCGUGUACUUCCACGACCUGCUGAUGUUCCAGGACGACAUGGGGCUGGCGGGUGCGCUGGACCUGCUGUUUAUCGACACGCGCAAGGGCGCCACGGGCGUGUUCUCGGGCCUGGUGGUCGUCGUGCGCUCCUGCGGCGUGGACGUGGACGACUUCGAGGACCUGGUGGCGGGAUGGCCCCGGCCGGAGUUCCUGACCGGCCGCCAGAGGGCGCGGGCCAUCGGACCCAGCACGGUGCUGGUGGGGGACGUGGCCCUGUGGUUCCCCGAGGUCAACUCGCUGUGGCAGGUCUGCAACGCGGUGAUCGAGUGCGGCGUGCCCGAGGACUUCGACGCCAGGAUAGCGGAGCACUUCGACAGCCCAUGGGUGUCGUCGUCCUGCGCCAACGUGGACGGGGGGAGCGAUGCGCUGCCCCUGCCGCUGUCGGAGGCGGCGCAGCGGGGCGUGGGCGGCCCCGGCAGCGGCGCCAGCAUCGUGGGGACAAUCGUGCUCGUGGUCACGGUGACCGGCCUGGUGGUGGCCAUGACGGCGGGCAUGACCUACUACCACGUCCGUAGGAUCAAGAAGCACGUGUCCGCGGGCGCGGCGAGGGAGAACAUGAAGUCGCAGGCCGCGAUGGCGAUGAAGAAAGAAGCAGAAGGAGGGGCCGGAGGGCCGUCGUUUGCCAUCGAGCUGUUCGCAAAGAACAUGAAUGUUCCUCUGCAGGAUGUGGAGGUCGGCACUUUGCUUGGCAGGGGCGGCUUCGGAAAGGUGUACAAAGGGACGUGGAAAGGAACAACUGUGGCUAUCAAGGUCAUUGAGCAUGGAGAGCGACUCAUGGAGAACGAGUUGAAGCUUCCCUUUGAAGCCUACCUGAGCAAACACAUAUCCCACCCGAAUGUGGUGCAGACAUUCUUGAUACACACACGCCAGCAAGACAGUCCUCAUGGAGUGACUGUGGACACGAUGGACCUGAACGACUCUCUGAACCAGAUGGGCGACAAGAACAGCCUGAUGUCGACGCAUGACAUCUUCAGCAACAUGGCCAAAGGCUCAGUCGGCAAUGAGGGAGGCGAGCUAUUUGAGACCUGGCUUGUUCUGGAGUACUGCGAUAGAGGAUCCCUGGCAAAGGCAGUGAGAAAGGGACUGCUGAGCAACCAUAAGACAGGGAAACCAAGGAUGGACCAUGUGCUGUUAUCUGCUCUUGAUGUUGCCAAUGCGAUGAACUACCUGCACUCCUUGGGAAUAACACAUGGAGAUCUGAAGGCAGACAACGUGCUGUUGAAGAGUGCCAACACAGACAGGAGGGGCUUCUUCUGCAAAGUCAGCGACUUUGGUCUCAGCCGCUUCAUGGGGAAGAAUGACUACAUUCAGACCUUCACGUAUGGCACCAUAACACACAUGCCGCCAGAGCUUCUGAAGGAUGGCAUCCUGACCCCCAGUGUGGAUGUCUACUCAUUUGGAAUGCUUCUGUGGGAGCUGCUCGCAGAUUUGCAGCCAUACUCCGAAAAGAACCAUGGGGAAAUCAUACUGGCAGUUGUGAAUGAAGGUCGACGGCCACUCAUUGAUGAUUCAUUCCCUGACUGCUAUGCGGAUUUGAUUCGUGACUGUUGGAAGCAGAAUCGGCAAGACCGACCAAGAUUCCCGGACAUAGUGCGACGGCUAAAGCAGAUGAAUGUCAAUCUGGUGACAUACGGAACUCCCAACGGUGCUGCAGUGACCGACUCGGCAGGCUCGUUGUCGCUCAUCAGAAGAAUUGGGGAGCCAAGCUUGAUAGGACCACAGUGUACUGAGUCUCUACAGAGAAAGUUUGAUGCUGGGGUGUUGCCAGAGUCCACCACGACGUUGCCCGAAGUGCGCAGCAAUAACCCUUACUACGAGACAACAAACUCAGGAGAGACAAAGGGCGCAUGCCCUGUGUUGCGCCAGGAUUCUGCGGGUUUCAUAGCAGAUUACAGUCACGAGAUAGAUUCAGAAUCGGAUUCGCAUUCGCAUUGUUCUGGGUCCUCUGAUGGCUACCGGUCUGCUGCAUCUCAGGUUACUCGAUCCAGUGAACAUUCCUCUUCGUCAUUCCAUUUUCAGCCCACAUGA